UAGAGGACAACACUUUCACAUAAACACACCGCAGAAGAGGACAGGAAGAGAACACAUCCAGCAUGGCGUCCUUCGUCCUGGAGCAGGGUCUGGCCCCGCCCCCGUGUCGACCCUCUCUCCCCAGGAAGGACCUCCCGUCUCUGGGCCUCGAUCCGUCUGACUUCAGCCUGUACAGCCCUCCGGCUCCUCCUGAGUCCAGCCUGUCUGCGUCCCCGUGGCCGUCCAACAACCACGGCGACCCCUCCCUCUGCUUAGACCUGGGCGCCGCCUCUGUGGCCCCAGGAGGCCCCCCAACGUUCAGAGGCUUCUUCCCUCACCUCUACAGCCUCCAGAGGCCCCUGCUCCCCGGCAGCCCCUGGUUCUCCAUGUCCACGCCGGACGACGUGCUGCGCCUCGUCCGUCCGCCGUACUCCUACUCCGCCCUCAUCGCCAUGGCGAUUCAGAGCUCGCCGGAGCAGCGGCUGACGCUCAGCCAGAUCUACCAGUACGUCUCAGAGAACUUCCCCUUCUACAGCCGCAACAAGGCCGGCUGGCAGAACUCCGUCCGCCACAACCUGUCGCUCAACGACUGUUUCCGGAAGGUUCCCCGCGACGAACACGACCCGGGUAAAGGAAACUACUGGACUCUCGACCCAAACUGUGAGAAGAUGUUCGACAAUGGAAACUUUCGCCGUAAGAGAAAGAGGAAGGCCGACAACACGACCACUGGAGAGGAACCGACCUCCUCCUCCUCCUCCUCCCCCUCAUCAGAGCCCAGCCCUAAAAUUCCCAGCAUACACUGCAGCGGUGGAGGAAGCACCACUGAGCUCCCUGCUUUCUCAGACGCCGCCGCCGGCCUCAGCAGCUUCCUGUGUCACCUCCAGGACUCCUUCCUCCUUCCCGACACCGGCUGCCCCUCAGUGUACAUGCAGGUACCGGACCACGCCUCCCCCCCUCCUCCUCCUGCUCAGGGAUACGCCUCCUCCUACUCGCCCGGCGCCGUGGUGCCUCAGUGGGACGCCUGCAGCUCCUCUCCUCCCCUCUACUCCUCCCUCCAUCACUCCUCCUCUUCUCCUUCUCCUCUCUUCCCCUCCUCCCAGUCGACUCCCUCGCCUUUCUCCUCCCACGCCGACCCUCAGGCCGGCUCGCCGCCGCUCUACGUGGACCUGCAGACGGCGUCCUGUCUCCAGGAGGCCCAGCAGCUGCAGCAGCUUCAGGUCCGGCGUGAGCCUCUCUUCUCUGGGGGCUUCGCUGAGGCUCCGCCCCUCGACUCUCUGGUUCUCCAUCAGUGACGCCUCGUGUUUCUACCGAGAACUGAUGUUUAAAAGCAGCAGGACGCACUGAGCUCGCUGUCAAGACUGUGUGGAUAUAUCUGUAUUUAUCUGUUUUUAUAUGUUCUUAAAGUUAAAAGAAGGAGAUGAAUGUUUUUUAAAGUGUAAAUGAGAGUUUGUGUUUGGAAUAAAAGAUUUUUUUAACACCAAACGUUUCCUCCAUGUUUUC